AUGCCAUGCUACCCCAUCAGGGACAAGGCUCUCACUAUCGGUGCCGCUUAUAGAGUGGAUCCCAAGAUAAAAGAAAACUUUCCAAUCUGGCUCGAGGUUUACGAGAGUGCUAGAAAGAUACAUGCAGAACAGGUGGCUCUUACCUCCAGAAGAAUGGGGUAUGUUCUGGAUCGUCUUAGGUUAUCUGAGAAGGCUCUGUCUAUCUACAAAACUAGUUUUAAAUGGAUUCACGAUAGUGAUCCAAAGGUGGAGAUUGAAAAGUCGGUUUUCGCGUUUUUCGACCCGGACACUGCAUUCAACCUUGACUGGCCCGCAAGUGCUAAAGCAUGA